AUGAAUCGUAGGAACAAUGCAUACAAUACAUUUCAAAAGCAUUAUAUAGACCUGUUGCUUCCUGUGGGGAACCUCGAGAAUCUUCAAACUAUUGAUGAUUUCUUGUAUCAAAUUGAGAGCACCAUUGCUAGAUCUGACGACUACAUUCCUUCAUCUGUAAUAUUUAGUGUUCUAUUGACAUUAUCCGUUGAAUCCAUAACUAUAAACAGGCGUGGUACAACCGCAAUUGAUGGUGUGGUGCCAUCUUCUGCUUCGAUUUCUUCGGAGAUUUCUAGAAACUACGACGAUUCGUACAGUGCUCCGGUUCAUAUGAGAGCUCUUUCUAUUUUGAAUAGGUACUUGAAGCUAACUAUAAUGCAGAUUAAAGGCGGUCAAGAUUCUUCUACCUUUAACGAAAUAAAGGCCAUGUUUAUGCAAUUUUUAAUACUUAGAUCAUCUAAGAGAGGGUUAAGAAACGUUCAUAAGGUCAACUAUGACGUAGUGAACCAGUUUGAAAGAAUUUUGAAUGAAAAAUUGGUCGACAGCUCACAAGAAAAUAGUCGAAGCAAAUAUGAACUAGAUAAUGAUAUCGUUAGCGACUCAGAAGAGGAAUUAGAAGUAAUCUCUCAACCAUUUAUGCAAAGCGAAUUGAAGAGGUUUCACCAGAGGUCUUCGAAAACCUCAAAUUUACCUACUCCGCCUAAUGGAGUCCUGGAGACAUCGGCUCUUUUGGAAGGUAUGCCUCACAUGGAGACAAGGUCUCCCACACCAGGCACAUCUAAUCAGGUAGGUAUACUUGAAAUUUUUGGUGAAGAUCUACUACCAUACAAGCUAAAUCCAUUAAACGAACUGUAUGAUUUCUGGCAACUACUUCAAUGGUGCUUAAAUUGCAAUAAUCUGGUGAUAUACAGCAAUUACAAUAAGAUAUUGCUGUGGAUGAUAGACUUUGUAAUUCUCGACUACCGAAAGUACAUUAAUGGGAGUAAUAAAAGUGAUGAGCUGCUGGUGCUUUUGGUUUGCUUGUUGCAUCAAUUGAGCUCCAAAAGAAUAGACUGGCAUGACAGGCUAGUAGAGUUUACUAUGCUGGGACUCACUUCGCUCAACAAAUGCCAUCCAUGCUACAAACGAGAGAAAUGGUGGAAGACACCUACCAAACAGCAAACGUUUGAGUUAGCGUUUCCACAAUUUUCGUUGCAUACAGACUCCACAGUCCUAAGGACUAAAAUCUUAUUGAUGGUUUACAUUCAUGAUCAAUACCUGAAGGAAUUUCCUAACAAACUAGUCAAGCUAGUAGCUCCGAAAGUGUUUCAAUCACCUCUUAAUGUUAUACGGCAAUUCUUCGUCAAGUAUCAUGACAUGCUCAAGUAUUUUCCUAAUUCAGAAUUGGCUCAGUUUUACUUGGAGUUAAGCAUUUACCUUCUACGAGAAUAUAAUAUCGACAUUCCUGUCAAUGGUUCUAAGGCUGUGGGGUUCAUAUUAAACCUCAUGAGUGACAAACUCGUAUUUAAAGAUUUUGUACUAGAAACCUUUCAAUAUUCUUCUCUAGGAGAAUUCACAGAGGAAAAGGAAAAGUUCCAAUUCCUUGUUGGAUGUAUGCUUCAAAGUGUUAGCAAAAUUGUGGAUACGUCGGAAUACUUAGGAGUCCUAAAAGUAGCACAUAAAAUGCUGAGCGAAGCGUUCAUUGACUUAGAAUCUAGUUUGCACCACGUUAAGUCAACCCGUAAAGGUUCUGAGAAACUACAAUUUGAUAAUAUUAUAAGAGAAAGAAGAAGACAUGAAAGGGUAAGACGUGAGCGUCUUCAUAUCAUCUUGGGUUUAGGCACCAAGCCUGAAAAGCAACAGGCUGGAAAGCUCUGCUGGCCAGAGAUGCAAGUAUAG